UGUAGCGUAGCUCAAGUUCUUACUGAUAUUACAGAGUCUUCAUUUAAAUUAAUUGAAAAUGAUGUAAAAAAAUUGUACUUAAAUGUAUAAACAAUACAAACAUGGAACUUUAUAGAGUAGAUUAUACUCUCUUAGGCAUGGUUUCUCCUAAUUGCAUGAAAGUUCUGCCAAUUUCUCAGAAUGAUGAAACUGAAAAGAAGACUCAAAAAAUUAUAGUUGGUGAUCAAGAAGGAAUUGUUCAAAUGUUUCAAAUUCGAAAAGGGAAAAUUAAUAUGUUAUUUAAAACAUUGCCUUUAGAAAAGAUAACUGAAGUUUGUUUAGGGGGAGCUCUUGGUACUGUUCAAGACAAGAUAUUUUUAUCAAUGGGUUCAUCAGUUCGUGGCUAUACCAAAAAAGGACGAUUGUUUCUUAGUUUUGAUACUGGCUUAUCAGAACCUAUUAAAUGCAUGUAUGUAACUGGAAAUGAACUUUUGGUAUCAGGAAGACAUAUAUUUAAUCAUUUUAAUGAUUGCAAAGAUAGUAAUACUUAUUUAUGUCCAGAAUUAAUUAACAGUAUUAUAUCAUUAGAUAUUGUGAAGAUGCAAGGUGUAAUGCCUAUUCUAGCAUGUGCAGAUUUAUGUAUUAGAAUUCUUGAAGGCUCAACUGUGAAAGAAACAUUUUAUUUACCAUCAGAGCCCAUUUGUUUACAUUUAAUGAAAAAUAAUGGGGGUUCAUAUGGAAAUGAAGUAUUAGUUGGACUGAAAAAUGGACAUAUUGUGCUACUUAAAAUAGAAAAAAAUGCUUCAACUAUUUGUCUUUGGGAACUAAAAACACCGUCAAAAAAAGGAAUUAUAACAUGUAUUGAUUGUUAUGAAUUUAGCGGAGAAGAUCAUCUGUUAGUUGGUCGUCAAAGUGGUUCUGUUGAGAUUUAUUCCUUAGAUUCUCAUUCAGUCCCUAUUGAAAAAUUUAAACAUAGUUGUUCAGAAAGUAUAACUUCUAUUCAAGGAGGAGCUGUUCGAAAUUAUGGCAUACCAGAAAUUGUUGUAACCACAUUUACAGGUUGGCUUUUUGGACUAACUUUCGCUGAUCAAAAUAUAGACAAAGAAAUUAUUUUGGACUCUUCAAACAUAAUUUUAAAUGAUGAAAAACAAAAAAUAUUAGACAUUAGGACUGAAGUAAGUGAUUUAGAAAGAUUAGUUGCUAUACAAAGAAACAGAUACUUAGAAUUCACUCAAAAAAGUUCAAGGCCCUCUGUUCUACCAUAUUUGGCUAUUAAAAACAGUAUGUUUCUGGAUACAGACAAUUUAAUUUAUCAUUUAAUAAUUGAACUAGAAGCAACUAUUGAUAAUAUUUUAUUACAGUGUAACUGUUCAAUUAAUUUUAUUGAUAUUGAAAACAAUAACUCUGCCGUUGUGAGCAAGAGUAAAUGUAAAGAAGAGGAUGACAAUAAAUUGUUGAUUACAUAUAGAUGCCAAUUAAACACAACUAAACUAGAAUUGAAAAUGUGGUCACACGAAGGUGAUCAUGGAGUUUUAACAGCUUAUAUUACACCCUUAUUGCAACCAAAAAGUUGUCAAGUUUGUAAUUUUUCUAUAAAACCACUUUUAUAUCAUCAGAGAACCAACAAAUACGUUACUUGUCAGCCUCAGAGUUUUUUAACUCUGUCCGGUGGAUUCAGUCUUUCGGAAGCACAUUUGUGGCUCUCGAACUGCUUACCUGGAAUUCCCGAAAAACCGACUGCUCAAGAAAAUAUUGAGUAUUCAUUUAAAUCGAUAAUAGUAGACACUAUUAUACUGUGUGCAUAUAGUCGGGGAUCAAUUAACAUAAAAACCGACAAUAUUACAGCAAUUUCAAUUCUUAAAGAUAACAUUAGUAAAGAUGCCACAAGGAAAAAUAUUAAACUAGACAUGUCUUACGAAGUAUCAGAAAAUAGUCUAAUACUGAUGAUUGAAGCAAUCGUUUCUAAACUAAAAUUAGACAUUAUUAACGACAAAAAAUUGAAGCUAAUCGAUGCUAUAAAACAGUUGUCAGUAAAUUCGAGUACCGCUGGCGAAUCCCUAACGAAAGAAUACUUAACGCUGAUUUCCAAUGAAAACGAAUUGAAACUAGAUGUUUCUCAACGGCCGUUCCGCAUGCAACGUUUACAAGCCAUAAUGUUAGCAUUGUUUGAUGAUUGGCACAAAUUGAAAGGAUUAAAUAUGAAACCGAAUUCUCGAGAAGAUUUACAAGAAGCUUUGCAAACGAGCAAUGCACUAGACUCGCUGAUCAGCAUGUUUGAACUUUAAAUAAAGAAAUAUUAAAUAAUUCUAAACAUA